UUGGUGAUUGCAUCAUUCCCUUUUCUUGAGGAUGAUGACUGCAUCAUUCCCUUUUGAAUUGCAGUUUUUACCAAUCCCGAUAACCAUAACACAUGUGACAACUUCAAAAUUAGUGGGAAAUCAAAGAGGGAUUGUAGCAAGUGAUGAACAAGUAAACCAGGUUCCUGCAACCCAGGCUUUCAGUGCUAUUAGAAAUCCUACGAAGUCAUCAUCCAGUAGACUAGGCAAUGCUUCUGUGGGAAAGUCUCAAGUGAAAUGCAGGGAUGGUAAAAGACCAGGCAAUGCUGACAAAAAGAGAAAAGUUUGGGUGCCCCCAGGAGUUGGAACCCCUGCUGGUGCAUCAGAUGUUUACAAAAAACCCCUUUAAGUAACACAGAUGCUUGCGGCUCCUUUUAUUUUUAUUUUUUUUGUUUUGUGAAGUAUAACUUCAAGAUGAAAUUUUAGUGGCAUCAUUUUUUUGUAAAGCAUUGUUAUGCAAUGCCUAUGUCUAUACAACACUGUCUUUCCUGAAUUGGCUUGUAGAAAAUUUUGUA